AUGACAACUUUUGCACAGUCCGAUCCAAACAACCCCGACACUAACUGGUUUGUCGAAAAAUCAUUUGAAACAAAUAUUAAAAUACUAGCUAGAUACGUGAAUGUGGCGUUGAAAAAGCCCGCCUAUUUGAGUUCCGAACACGACAAAUAUUCUAUUGCCUCUUACGGAGUGGAUGGGCUUAUUUUAAAAAAAUGGUUUUUUCCAUUUACCAAAAGUAGACAUACUUAUUCAAAUUGGUUCGUUGUUGAUCUGGAACAUAAAUACAAAGUCAAAUAUGUCGUGCUCUUCAACAGGAACGGCUGUGAUGUAAUUUACAGAACUCAUUGUGAUGAAAAAAUGGAGAAUUUCGUCAUAGGAUUAACCAACAGUUUUGAUCCAAAUGUGAUUGAAGCGAUACGAGACAAAUAUGAUAUAUGCGGUCAAUGGCCUGGAAAAGUUCUUCCACACGGUCAGCCGAUGAGAGUCAAUUGUAGCGAUGAGAACAAAUCCUCAAAAUACGUGGUCGUUCAACAAUCUUUGGAUGUUGAAAAUAAACUAAAUGAUAAAACUGUGAACUUUGCAGAGCUCGAGGUGUAUGUGAAUUGCCAAUACAAUUGCUUGACUUCGACCGGCAAAGUCCAUACAAUUGAACUGAAAGUUAUUGAUUACACCUCUAGUACUCCCGCUCAAAUAAUACUGGCUCAUGAAAAAGAAGCAUUUAGACAUGACUUCAAUGGUGACGAAUGCGACAACCUUUUUUUCAACGACAUGAAUCUCGUUGAGAAUAAAUUGGAAAACAGAAAAUAUCUCAAACUCUCUCCUGUUAAGAAAGAGGACGCUGGAACGUACAAGUGCUUCACUUCAGCCGGUGUGCUACACACCAUUGAGCUGAAUGUUAUCGGACAAAUGAAAAUUUCUUCAAGUCGCAAGUACCUGUUGGUCAACCCUUCUAUAUGUAAUGAAAGUCAUGAAAACGUUACGUUCACGUGCGACGCUGAGUACCAUGGACCAAGUGAUUUAAAACUGAAUUGGAUGCGUUGGACACGUCCAAUCAGCAAAAGAUCGUUUGAGCAAGCAAAUACGACUUCACAGAAGAAACUGCCAAAAACUGUUUCGCUGUCUAAGAAAAUUGGGCUCGACUUAUUAACUGAGGAUUUAAACUCAAAAAAGCUCGUGUGCACGUUAGAAAGUACAGAAGACGGACUAGCAGAUUAUAAAAAAGUUGAAUAUGCUCCUGACGUUCAACGUGUUGAUAUAGGCUCAUAUGAGCUCGUAAAAGUGCAUGCAAAUAAGGACAAUAGAGAUGUCUCGGCGUACGAAUGCAAGAUCAACUCAAACGUAUAUUGCAAUGUACAAAAACUAAUGCUGAAAGUUCCAAUUACUACGGUUAAGGCUGUGAAUGGUAAAAAAGAAAAACUCAAGUUUAGAAUGGAAUUUGAAACAUGCUACUUUAAAGACAGGAAAAUCUAUCCAAGAGACUCUGAUGCUACUAAUAAUCAAAUAAUGUUUGUGAACAACAAAACUAUUGAAAUUCCAAGCGUUAGUUGGUCUCACGAGGGGCAGUUCAAAUGUAGAAAUGCAGCUGGUGACGAGGAAGUAAUAGAAUUAAUUGUUUCUAGUGAGUUCAGUCUAAAUUUUGUUGAAUAG